ACGGUGUAACGGGAAUCUGUUAAAAGAUUUAAUAUUUCGUAAAGUUUUUUUUUUGAUAAAAAUGAAAAUUAUUAUUUUGAUUUUAUCAGCUGUCGUAUUCGUGGAGUGUGGACAUACAUUUAUGGGCACCAAUGUUCUGAGGCCCCUAGUUCAGCAUCAUAAAGCUAAAUUUAGUUCUUAUAUCUUCAGGAAGAGAGUUGAAUAUUAUAAUUACACGCUGCCAAGAAUCUAUAUUGUUAAUGGAGAAUCGAUUAAGGGCAUCCUGGCAUAUGACUUGACUGAUAGUAGCGCUUCAGCAAAUAUAACGCAAGGUGGAAUCGGUUACAACUAUUUCAACUUACGUAUGAAGAGCGAACGCGGGAAAAAAUUAUAUUAUGAUAUCUAUGUUUAUGUUUAAAUGAAAAUAACUCUUUUAACUUCUUAAUAGUUAAACUUUA